UCCUCUCCAGCCAAGCGAGGUGCUAUUGUCUCGUUUCCUGUGACCGUUCGAGUCUUCCAGAGUCUAGGCUACCACUCAUACUCACACAAAUGCACGCCUUUCUCCGGUAUAACACAGUACCAGUUGCUGAAUAUCGCCGCCAAAGUGGUAUUAUUUGAAGCUCUCAGUGGUGCACUGGGAACUCGCUUCGCGCGUGGUUACUAAAGAUUUGUGCAUGCCCGGCAAGGGAUUGAUUUGCCGUUACUGACACUGGUAAUGACAUGCUCAAGUUGAAGAAACUUCACAUUUGUUAUGUUGACUGGACUCUCGUAAGGAUAACAAACAAGAAGAGGCGCAAUUCACUGGCAAGAUGUACAACUUGAUUCUUUAAUUUUGGCUGAAGUGUGCUUACUGAUCCAACUCGUCGCGAGGGGCACUUUUGCAUCAGUUGGCGGAACAUCAGUGCAAUUGACAACAGCGGUUCAUUGCCAACGAGGAAACGGGGACUGGACUAGUCCUGUUGUCACAGACAAAGGCUCUUGGUCUUGUAACUCCCAGAAUCCCUUUCUCCCCCAGCGGUGGCCAUGACAAGGAGAAAGCGACUCUGCGGCCCGUGCUCUUGCUGACAGCCCCACGAGGUCGGGACUGUAGAGGAGGGAGCUGCUUUUUGCCAAAGUCCUCGCCGAGCCCCGUCCGAAAAAAACAACAACAACGACAAAGCCGUUGCCAUGGCGAGCCUGGUGCUGAACGAGACGGGACUGGAGGACUGUGGCAUCGACGACUCGUUCAAGUACAACCUGUACGGCGUGGUGUACAGUGUGGCCUUUGUGCUCGGCCUGGUGACCAACUGCGGCUCACUCUUCGUCUUCUGCUGCCGCAUGAAGAUGCGCAAUGAGACCACGCUCUUCAUGACCAAUCUGGCACUAUCGGACUUAGUGUUCGUUUUCACACUGCCCUUCAAAAUCUUCUACAACGUCAACCGGCACUGGCCGUUCGGAGACUGGCUGUGCAAGAUCUCCGGCGGCGCGUUUAUCACCAACAUCUACGGCAGCAUGCUCUUCCUCACCUGCAUCAGCGUUGACCGCUUCCUGGCCAUUGUCUACCCGUUCCGCUCGCGCUCGGUGCGUUCGCGCCGCAACGCUGCCGUGGUCUGCGCCGCCAUCUGGCUCCUGAUCGUGGGCGGCGGCAUGUCCGUCACCUUCUUCUCCGCCACCAACCGCGCCAAGAGCAGCACCACGUGCUUCGAGGGCUUCUCCAAGAACACAUGGAAGACGUACCUGUCCCGGAUCACCAUCUUCAUCGAGAUCGUGGGCUUCCUGAUCCCACUGCUCAUCAACCUGGCGUGCUCGUCCAUGGUGCUGCGCACACUCCGCAAGCCGGCCACGCUCUGCCAGAUUGGCACCAACAAGGAGCGCGUGCUACGCAUGAUCGUGGUCCACCUGGCCAUCUUCAUCAUCUGCUUCGUCCCGUACAACUCCGUCCUGUUCUUCUACGCCUUGGUGCGCACGCAGGCGCUGGAUAGCUGCUGGCUGGAGCGUCUGGCGCGCACCCUCUACCCCAUCACGCUGUGCGUCGCCACGCUCAACUGCUGCUUUGACCCCGUGGUCUACUACUUCACCUCCGAGUCCUUCCAGAAGUCGCUGACCACAGGUAAGGGCCAGGCGCGGCCUGAGAACGUGCCCCGCAGCGAGGCGGUCCUCUCGGGGAAGGAGAGCAACGACACCGAGGUUGUGGAGACCCAUCAGCUGGCCAGCAAUGGGAAAGAACAGGUAUCAGAGACCCAGUUCUGAAAAAGUGUGGGGAAAGUGCUUCAGGGAAACU